AUAGAUACCUGAGGAAGUUUUAUAAUGAAAAAUAAAAUGACCACAGAUCCAUUUAGGAUGUCCUAGAACAUGUCUACAGAGAGGUCUACAGCGAGGUCUAUAAAAUAAAUCCAAAUAAAGGGUCUAUGGUGUAAUUGAGUGACACAGUCUCACAGAGCCCCUCCCCUUCCAAUCGGGCUGGGCUGGGCUUGGGUGACUUAUUUGCAGAGGACUGAAGCUUCUUUAGAGGACUUAAGAAUCUGAGCCACGAUUCCAAAAAGCUCCUGAAGUAAAUUUGCAAUGUCUGUACUCCUGAGAAUAUUGAUUGCAGUGACUUUCAGCAGCUGUGUCAUUAAGCAAGCCCUGGGUGAUUGUGGCCUUGGGGCACUUCAGCUUGUCAAUGGCAGUUCAAUGUUUGAAGGGCGUGUGGAGAUAUGCUAUAAUAACACUUGGGGAACAAUUUGUGAUGAUAACUGGAGUAAUGCUAAUGCUCAAGUUGUAUGUAGACAGCUUGGAUUCUCUACUAUAGGUGCCUACUACCACAGUAAUGCAUAUUAUGGACAAGGGAAUGGUUCUAUAAUACUUGAUGAUGUUCGCUGUGAUGGAACUGAAGCUUCAUUGAUACUGCAGUGCAGUCAUUCGAAUCUUUUAUCACACAAUUGUGGACAUCAUGAAGAUGUUGGAGUAGUCUGUCCCAGCACACAUAACUGUACUCAUGGCUCAAUACGUCUGGUUGAUGGUUCUUACAUUGGGGUUGGACGUUUAGAGAUAUGUAUUGAUAAUGAAUGGGGGACUGUCUGUGAUAAUGGCUGGACUAAUCUUAAUGCUCAGGUUGUCUGCAAACAACUGGGACAGAACCGUUUACCUCUUCACCAGGGAGGUACAUUCUCUGGCAAUGCUUAUUAUGGCAAAGGAUCUGGUAGAAUAUUCCUUGAUAAUUUACAGUGCACUGGAGCUGAGGACACCUUAAUACAUUGUAAUUAUAGUUCUGUUGAGUCAAGUUGUGAGCAUGAUGAUGAUGUUGGUGUGUUUUGCCUUAUUGAGAGACGCUCACCAGGAACAGUCAUUCUCUCACUUAACAAUUUGGCAUCAACCACUUACAGUAGUGGAGUAGUGAGAGUGUUUUAUGAUGGAUGGGGCAAUAUUUGUGACGAUAGCUUUUAUGGUUCAGCUGAAGCUAAUGUCAUUUGUCAUCAGUUGGGAUACACUGGAGCUUCAAGCUACUCUAGAGCUGGACUCACAAUUUAUGGUCCAGAUCAACUUCCUGUGACGUGGGAUCAUGUUAGUUGUGGUGACAGCAGCUAUUUAUCUAUUGCUCAAUGUUCCUAUUCUAUUACUACUACUGAUAGUGAUAGUGCAUGUGUUAAUUCAAACUCUAAUGAUGCUACUGUCAGCUGCUAUACCACUAGGAUAUGGAAUGCUCCAUUUCCUGGAAUGAUACGUCUUCAAGGAGCUACAUUCUCUAGUCAAGGACGAGUUGAAGUUUAUUGUAAUGGAGAGUGGGGCACUCUAUGCAAUGCUGGUUUUGAUUCACUUAGAGCAAGCACUCUUUGCAGACAGCUAGGAUAUGACACUUAUGAUACUUAUAACCAUUUAGAAUUAACUGGCUCACCUAAUCAACCCAUAUGGAGCUUAGAUAUUGUGAGCUCUACUUCUGGUAAUUGUUUUAAUUCAAGCAAUACUUGUCCAACUACUUCAAUAUCAAAUUGUACACAUUUACGUGAUGUCACUUUACAGUGCAGAGAAAGUGAUAGAUCAACUCAAUUGACUGUGACUACUGAAACUUGUCGUUGCGUUAGUGGAACUAUUCGUCUUGUUGGUGGAUCCAAUAGUAUAGAAGGACGUGUUGAAGUAUGCAUUAAUGGAGCUUAUGGUACAGUUUGUGAUGACUUUUGGGAUAGUGAUGAUGCUACAGUUGUCUGUCGACAGUUGGGACAUGAUACUAGAGGAACUGCAUUGCCUAAUGCAUACUUUGGGCAGGGAACAGGAAACAUAGUGAUGGAUGAUGUGCAGUGUACUGGAACUGAAUCAUUUCUUGUUAACUGCUCACAUACAAGCACUAGUAACUGUAGACACACUGAUGAUGCUGGAGUCAGAUGCAGCAGCAUAACCACAAAUAGUACUUCAAGUUCAAAUUCACAAGCUCCAUGGACUAUUAUUGGAGGGACAAUAAGUGGCAUUGUGGCUCUAAUAGUCAUUAUAACAAUUAUAACAUGUGUCUUGAUAUUGCGGCACAAGUGGUUGAAAAAUAGAAAAAGUUUGUCUACUGCAGUUAGCUAUUCCAACACGUAUGAUGAGUCAACAUGUCAGGAAUAUUCUAAACAGCCUCAAGCUCCUCCUCCUGCCAAUCCUUACCAUCAAGAACAAAUCCCAACAAUGGCUCUUUCUCAACCUCAUGGUGCUUCUCAAUAUAAUUUUCCUCUACAAGAUUUUACUCCAUUGGCUUACCCACAAGAAGUUCAAUUGGGAUACCCACAGCAGUUGCAAGGCAACAGCCCAUAUCCUCUUGCCUUUCCUUCAUGAAAAAUAAUUGCUGAAUUGAUUUUUUUGAAUUAUUAUUAUGACUGAGUGUUAUACUAGUAUAGCUAUAAAUAGCCUACUGUUUAUUUUUUUCAGUGUGGUUUAGUUACUUUAAAUUAUAUUGUUGAUGUUUUACCAUUUCAAAAAAUUUUAGUUUUAUUUUAAAA